UGUGUCUCAGGGAGCUGAGGCGAGGACUCGGCAGAGGGGACAGGCCCCGCUGCAGCGCGGGCGGCGGGAGGCGGAGCUGCUGGCCCAAGGCCGCCGGGGAAGCGAAGCAGAGAGAGGGAGCGCGCAGGUCACCUCCUGCCCCUCUCCCCGCCAGCCAGCUGGGCCCGGGGAUCCUGCCGCUCCUCGCCCACCGCCCCAGCCGGUGCUGAGCUGUCCUGCCGGCAUUCGCUGGCUGCGGGUGGGCGGGACGCGGGGGAGAGACCCCCAGGCUCCCGCCCGCCCCAGCCUGGGUGCGGCUCAGCCCGGUCCCCUCCCCUGGGAAGAGACUCUUUAAAUAGCGGCUCGAGCCUGGCUGCUGCCUGGCCAGGCGCUUCUCCCCGUCCCGCCACCAGCCCUCGCUCCGGCUGCAUCUUCAUCUCCCGCUCGGAGGGACUCGGAGCGUCGGGAUCCCUGGCCGCAGGGACUGGAGCGGCCCGCAGCGUUCGCGCUAGCCACCAUGUUUGAAAUUAAGAAAAUCUGCUGUAUUGGUGCAGGCUAUGUUGGUGGGCCAACAUGUAGUGUCAUUGCACAUAUGUGCCCUAAAAUCAAGGUUACAGUUGUUGACGUUAAUGAAGCUAGAAUCAAUGCCUGGAACUCUGAUACACUUCCAAUUUAUGAGCCAGGGCUAAAAGAAGUGGUAGAGUCCUGCCGAGGAAAGAAUCUCUUAUUUUCCACCAGUAUUGACGAUGCCAUUAGAGAGGCUGAUUUGGUAUUUAUUUCUGUUAACACCCCAACAAAGACAUAUGGGAUGGGAAAAGGCCGGGCAGCUGAUCUGAAGUACAUUGAAGCAUGUGCUAGGCGGAUUGUACAGAAUUCAAAUGGUUAUAAGAUUGUCACCGAGAAAAGCACAGUCCCAGUACGUGCAGCAGAGAGUAUUCGUCGGAUAUUUGAUGCCAAUACAAAACCUAAUUUGAAUUUGCAGGUGUUGUCUAACCCAGAAUUCCUAGCAGAAGGAACAGCUAUCAAGGACCUAAAGAACCCAGACAGAGUGCUGAUUGGUGGAGAUGAGACUCCAGAGGGACAGAAGGCAGUCCGUGCGCUAUGUGCUGUGUAUGAGCACUGGGUUCCCAAAGAAAAAAUCCUCACAACCAAUACUUGGUCAUCUGAGCUUUCCAAACUGGCAGCUAAUGCUUUCCUUGCCCAGAGAAUCAGCAGCAUUAACUCAAUCAGUGCUCUGUGUGAAGCUACAGGAGCUGAUGUUGAAGAGGUAGCAAGAGCCAUUGGAAUGGACCAAAGAAUAGGAAAUAAGUUUCUGAAGGCCAGUGUUGGAUUUGGUGGUAGCUGUUUUCAGAAGGAUGUUCUGAAUUUAGUGUAUCUUUGUGAGGCUCUGAACUUGCCUGAAGUAGCUCGCUAUUGGCAACAGGUGAUAGACAUGAAUGAUUACCAGAGAAGGAGAUUUGCUUCUCGUAUUAUUGACAGCUUGUUUAACACGGUCACUGACAAGAAGAUUGCUAUUCUAGGAUUUGCAUUCAAAAAGGAUACAGGAGAUACAAGAGAGUCUUCCAGUAUUUACAUCAGCAAGUAUUUAAUGGAUGAAGGAGCAAAACUCCAUAUAUAUGACCCUAAAGUACCAAGGGAACAGAUCAUCCUGGAUCUCUCACACCCAGGUGUCUCAGAAGAUGACCAAGUGUCUCGUCUGGUCACUAUUAGUAAAGAUCCAUAUGAAGCCUGUGAUGGCGCUCAUGCCCUGGUUAUCUGCACUGAGUGGGACAUGUUUAAGGAACUGGAUUAUGAGCGCAUUCACAAAAAAAUGCUGAAACCAGCUUUCAUCUUUGAUGGUAGGAGAGUUCUUGAUGAUCUUCAUAAUGAGCUACAAGUCAUAGGCUUCCAGAUUGAAACAAUUGGGAAGAAAGUGUCCGCAAAAAGAAUUCCUUUUGCUCCUUCAUGUGAAAUUCCAAAGUUCAGCCUGCAAGACCCACCUGUCAAAAAACCCAGAGUAUAAGUUUUACUAGGUACUGAAGUAUCACAAUGGACCAGUGUGAAUUUUUUUUAAAGAUAUUGUUCUUAAAUUGUAAAACAAUUUUACAUUAGAAAUGGUAGCCGUGUACCUGGUACAUGUGAACUCAAAUUUUCUAAUCUCUCUCUCUUUGAAAUAUUGUAAUUUUUUUUUCCAGUUAUUGAAGACUGUACAGGCCUGAUUGUUUUAGUAAUCAAUUUUUUAUGAACAUUUACUUCAGACUGCGAACUUUUGUUUUUAGAAAUAUUCACAAGCUGCACUUUAAAUUUUAUAAACAACACAAAGGCCAAAAGUAAUUAACAGAAUUGUUCUUGCUUUGAUCCAGGAAUAUGUGGUGCUCAGUAAUGUCAUUGGCGUUGCUGAAGAUUUUAAUUUGACUCUGGGGUAAUUUUGUUGUCUUAGAUGCCUGAUCUAACUCAUGUGAAAAUCAGUGGAAAGAUUCUAAUUGACUUUAAUCAGAGUUGGAUUGAGCCAUUAAAUAGAACAUUGAUCUGGUUUUAACAAUGAGAUCCUGAUUGGGACCUCUGGGCACUGAUGCAAUAUAAAUGUUUAGUAAUGUGUCAGGGAGCUAGGUCCAUGUCUGCCAUUAAUUUGGUGAUAGUUCUGCAGUGGGUUUGCAACGACAGUCUGACUUACCAGCUAUGUCCUUAAUAAUUCCUUGGUCUUGGCUCUAUUAUACGUACUGUAUAGCAUCUUUUGUCAGUUGUAAAUUAUGGAUUUAAUUAGACUUUUGGGGCCAAAUUUCUCCUCUGUUUCAGUGUUGCCACCCUACUGUCUUAAACAGAGAGAAGCAUUUGGCUCUCCUGCUUUCUCCUCUUGCUCAGCACUGAGUAAAAUAAAUGUUUCCGUCCAAGAUGAUGGAUACUCGGUGGUCCUUUUCUCCCCUUUUUGCAACCAUAUGCGAGCUGGAAACAGAUGUUCUUUCCACUGAAUCUGCAAGAAUUUACCCAUGACUCUUCAUAAAGUAGUCAGCUUGCUACCUCACUUUGAUUACCAGGAAUAAGUCUUGUUUGUUUUGAUAUUUUUUUUCUGCUUUAAUUUCUACUUUUCAUUGUCCUAAUAGGUCUGUGCUAUUAAAUACUUUUUAGUAAUAAA